UUUCGAAUGGCUGGACUGCUGCGUGUUGAAGGGGCAGCAUGAGCUCAGCGGGGUAUUUACCUCCUGAUGAAAGUGACGAGAGCGACAAUGAAAACGAUCCAACAUCGGAUGAAGCAAUUCUGAGGCUAUUCAACUCCGACACCGAAGGAGAUGACUUCAGUGGUUUCAGUACACAGGAGGAGGAAGAUAGUGACCAAUGACUUUCUUGUGCUGAGUACACACAUCGACUCUGGACACUCUGACGAUGACGACGGACAGGCAAAGGCUGUUCUGACCAAACACCCCAAAUCCUCCCAGAUAUUCAGUGAAGAAUCUGUCACUCUCAGAUGCAACAUACAGAGGGGAGAAGUCACUGACUGGAAAUACACAUGGAAGAAGGAUGGUGUAGACUUCCUCAGUAGGGAGCAUGAAUAUGAAAUCAGUGAGGUUAAGAUUUCAGACAAUGGUGACUACAGGUGUCUGGGUACACAUAUUGAUCAGGAGAAGCAUUCUGAGUGGAGUAAUAUAGUCAGACUGACAGUGACAGCUACACUCAACAUAACACCAAACCCUGCAUACACUGGAGAGACAGUAACUCUGACGUGUUCAGUGGGGUCUGACAGUGGCUGGAGCUACACGUGGUACAAAGGCAACACUAAGAAAGUAGUGACCUUGUCUGACAGACACUCUACAACAGGAGCCACCUUCACCAUCAGUAGAGCUGCUGAGUCUGACCAGGGUCUCUACUGGUGUCAGGGAGAGAUCCAGUCCAGAUCCAUAUCAUCAAUCAUCAGUGAUCCUGUCACUAUCACUGUGAAAGAUCAACCCCAAGCUGUUCUGAGUGUCUCUCCUCAGUGGCUGGACCCUGGAGACUCAGUUACCCUGAGCUGUUGGGUUAAAGAGUCAUCUACAGGCUGGAGGUUCUUCUGGUACCGAACUGUUCCCUACACAGCUGGGUUACUCUCACUGUCAGAUAGGUCCUACUCUGUAGAGCCUCUAUCUGGCAAUGGGACUAGUGAAGACUCCUACACUCUGAUCCCUGUUGGUACUCGUCACACAGGAGGAUAUGUGUGUAGAGCUGGAAGAGGAGACCCAGUUUAUGACACACUCUACAGUAAACGUCAGUUUCUCUGGUCAGGAGAGCCGCAACCUUCAGUGUCUCUCAAAAUGAGACCUAACAGAACUCAACACUUUACAACAAAGUCUCUCUCACUAAGCUGUGAGGCGAAGGGGAACACUAUUGGAUGGAAACUGAAGAGAUACAGAGAGAAAGCAGUGGAUUCAGAGUGUGGCUCUAACUGGGGAUCAGUAGCAGGAUCCAAAUGUACCAUACUGUUUACAUUCUCAUGGGACAGUGGAGUGUACUGGUGUGAGUCUGGAUCAGGAGAGUACAGUAAUGCUGUCAACAUCACAGUGGCUGUUGGCCCUCUGAUCCUGGAGAGCCCUGCCUAUCCCAUAACUGAGGGGGACUCUGUGACUCUACGCUGUACACAUAGAUGUCAAGAAACAAACCCAAUACCGAAGGUUGAUUUCUACAAAGAUGGAGUACUCAUCAGGAAUGAGACCACAGGAGAAAUGACCAUCCCUGCAGUUUCCAAGUCAGAUGAAGGCUCCUAUAAGUGUACAUUUAAUGAAGAAGAAUCACCAAAGAGCGUGGUGAGAGUGAGAGGUGUAACUCCUGGACCCUCUACAUUAGACCCAGUAGGAGUGGUUGUGGGCCUGGUUGUUGCUGGUGUUCUACUGACCAUUCUCCUGGUACUGCUGUGUCGAUAUAAAAAUGCCAAAGAUUCCUGUUGCAACAGGACAUUCUCGCUCCCCCAGCCCCAGAGCACCAACCAACCUGACCAAGAAUCUACCCAGGGACGGGCUCCUGAUCCUGGGUAUACACGUAUGCAGCAUGGUGGCGCUAACAUCUACGAUACAAUCACUCCCUCAGACAAUAAUGACAAUGAUGCUGGUACUGCUACUGCUGGACCAAGUGAUGUGAUGUACGCCCAGAUUCAACUCAAAGAGUUGGACAAGAAAAAGAAAAAAAUGCCAGCUGAUCCAAAAGAAAAUCCAGUCUAUUCUGAGGUCAAGACAGGGAAGGCCACAGCUUAAACAGAAGGCCAAAGCCAAAGAAGAAAGUUACAGUCUUGUCUCAUUGCUGCAACUCCUGUACAGCUGCUGUAACAGAGCCUGGACUCGAACCCAGAGUCUCUAGUGGCACAAAUAGCACUGCAAUGCAGUGCCUUAGACCACUGAGCCACUUGGGAGGCCUGGUUAUAUUAUUCUAAUGUGUUAUCCUUACCCCUUAUAGAAACAGCAAAUCCACCUGAGGCAGAUUUGGUCUAUUCUCAAGUGAAACCAGGCACAUCCACAGAUAAGACUAAUUAUAGUCGUAUGCUAUUGAUAUUUAAUAUGAUACUAAUAUAGAAAUAAUUCUUCAAUGUCAAAGUAUACUUUAUCUAUUGUUAGGUUCUGGACAAACUGUAGUGAAAACUCAGACGGACAACAAGAAAAAGCUCAAACCAAGUUUAUUCCCCCACUGGGUCAUACAUCUGCAAAGACAAGGCAUGAAUACACAAGCACAUAUAUUUAUAACUUUGCACUAGGCGAGGUCAACUCCUUACAAAUCUAGACAACCAAUACAUCUCCGUUGCUAGGCAGGGAUUUAAUUGGUACCUCUCACUGGUGUAGUCAGACCUGCCUGAUACUAAAACAUUUGUGGGCAUGGAAGUGUAUGUGUGAGAUAGGACUGUAGGACUGUAGUAGACGAGUCAUUGUGGUGGGCCUCUCUGGCCUCCCUCCCAGAGCUUUCUUCUCACUUCAUCUGUUGAUUCGACCUCAAGACGCAUUCUUCACUCCUCCCUAGUUCCGCUGCUGGCCUGCCUUAUCAGUGAUUAAUUGUUGCCAUUCACCUCCAUCCUUAGAAACAUGGAACAGAAUAUGAACUUUCUACACUCAGUAACUUUCCACACACCUAGUUCCCAUCUACCGUUCAUUGACCCCAACAUAUACAUUCCUUAUACAUGUGAGGUAAUCAAUCGAUUCUAGAAUGAUAACAUGAAUAAGUAUAUUCAACACUACUUAAAAAGGACGUAUAUUUGUUUGAUUCUUAAGAGUUUGUUUGACUGAGUGUCCUAAACUACUUUGUGUGGUGAAAUGUUGCAGGUCCUUGAGGGAUGGAGGGAUAGCGGGAUGGCGGGACACAUGCAAACACACACACACACACACGCACGCACACACACACACACAAUAACACCUUGUACAUUAAGGAUUUUUUCUUAUUUUAUUUAUCAACAGAUAUAUUGUAUUUAAGCAUGGUUUGAUUGUGUAGUACUGUAACAGCUUUUUGUAAUGUGUGGUGUAAUGAUAAUGGAUCUUAUCUGCAGCUACAGUAAUUGUAUCUGCUUUGUAUUGUGUAUUGAAUUGUACUGUUUUGUUGUAAAUGUAUUACAAUGGUUAUCUUUGAUUCAUUAUGUCUGUUAUUCAGAUGAUAGAAUAACAUAUUUGCAUAUGAAUUUCCAAAAUAUUAUAAGUAUUAUUCAUGUUUUCUUCUAAUGGCCUGUACUUUUACAUUAUCUUUGCAUUAUGCUUUUUAUAAACUUUAUAUUUUUUUAUCCA